GUAGGUCCAUGCCCAGGAUCCAAACCCACGAACCCCAGGCCGUCCACCACUGGGCCAGCCCCUGGGGAUGAUUUUUUAACAGUGCACUCUUAAAAGUGACUAUUUGUUUCCCUGGUUCCCCCAGUGUUUACUGAGGGCUGUCCAAGCCAUCUUCAGACACUAGGUCCUCUCUAACGGUCGUGUUCCCUGAGCAGUGGGGUGGCUUGGAGGUGUAAACCAGAGAGGCCCAAGGGAGGGAUAGUUUGCAGACUUCUGAUCUUUUCUCAGUUUGUGUCCAUCUGGUCCAAGGACCACAGGCCGCAGGCUUUGUUUGUUCUGUAUAGUACUUUUUUGUUGCUCUUUUAAUGUGAAUUAGUUUCCACCAUUUAAAAAUAAGGGAAUUUUAUUUAAAAAUCUAGAUUUCUGGCUCUACUUAAAAAAAAAUCUAAGACCUAACAGCACCGGCCCCACAUUCCUACAUGGCGGGAGUUGAUUAGAGCUAAACGGUGAGUUCUCCUUUUAAACAGGGGAUGUGCUUUCCAACUCACCAUAGUCUUCACCAGCCUGCUUUGUUCCCACCUGGCCCUGUAAGCGUCGUGUUUGAGACCCUGCUCUGUUCCAAGGCUACACUUCGAGCGUUGGGCUUGGGGGAAGAAGCUGAAUUGAUGUUUAGUCAGCAGCUUAUUUGGGGGGCACCACGCUGUUGCUUAGGAAAAGUAACAACUUGGUAAAAGUUUAUGAGACAGAGUGCGCACCGCUUUGGUCUGUUUUUGGGUUUGGUCAUCUUUUUGCUGUAAAUGCUGUUGGCAUAUCAAACCUCUGGACACAAACGCUCCCUCUGAAAUAGCAACAUGCCCUUUCUCUCUGAUGAGUUGCCACCCCGUGAAGGAAUCCCUCCCACUCCCGAGGGAUGUUCAUCCAGCCUCUGCUUGACCACUUCCAGCGGCCAGGGAGCUUAUUACCUCCUCACUCGGCAGCCAGUUCCAUUCUUGGACAAAUACGUUAUUUUAAAAUUCUUCCUUAUGUUAAGGCAGCUGCUGUCUCCUUGGGGCUGAAAGCCGCAAAAUGUUGGAGCUGGGAAGGGAAACUGGUUUUUUCAGGCACGUGAGCUACCACUCAUCCAUCCUGCAUCCAGGGCAAACACUGAUAGUCAACCACAGUACUCUUCCUCACUGAGCCAGAAAGUAGAAUACAGCCUUAAAAUUUUUUAAAAAUUAAAGACUUUUUAAAAAAUUACAGAAGUAAUAUGUGUUCACUUGCCACUAGUGAAAAAGUACAAAGUUAUAUAAAGAAAGCGUUAAUAAUUCCUCUUUUCUCCAAGGUAGCCAGUAUGAACAGCUUAGGGUGUAUCCUACACGUUUCUCUAUACACAUACAUAUAUAGAUACUCAUAUAUGAGAUAUAUAAGGGUUCUUGUUUAUGGCUUUUUUUCUUUUUACAAAAAUGGCAUCGUAUUGUACCUAUUACUGUGCAGCUGUGGACAUCCCUCCAGGUCGGUAAAGAUCAAACACUAGAUAUAGAUUUUUUUUUUAUAUUCUGCUGUCAAGAUCAAGCAUGUUUUUAACAGCUGCAUAAUAUCCCAUUGUAUGAGGUGUGCCGCAAUUUGUUAAUCAUUCCCCAUUGAUGGAUAUUCCCCUUGCUUCAUUUCUUCAGGAUCCUCCUUACCACAGUGCUCCAGGCAGCCAGUACCAAUCGAUUGGAGUUAGCCUCUGAGGUACAGCCCGUUUGUCACAUCUAAACCAGUCCAGCUCCUUAUCUCACACGGCCUAGGGGAGAGAAGCAGACUAGCUCAAAGAUCACAGGGUUGACAUCCAAGCCAGUUCGCUCUGUUCGGGUGGCCCACAGAGGCUCUGCGAGGAGUCUGGAGAGGCGUGGCUGGACCAAGACCUCCCCCAAUGUGAGCAAGUUUCCUCCCUCCCCGCCACCCAUUGCCGCCACGCCAGGGAACGUCCUCAAGCCCUGGCCUUCAGGGGAGAGGUAACAGGAGCCCGGAGCCGAGACCAUGUGACGGCGCUGGCCCUCGCCACCGCCGUCACCCCCACCCUGGCCCCAGGCCCGGCACCAUGAUGUUCCGAGACCAGGUGGGCAUCCUCGCUGGCUGGUUCAAGGGCUGGAAUGAGUGUGAGCAGACGGUGGCCCUGCUGUCGCUUCUGAAGCGGGUCACCCGCACCCAGGCCCGCUUCCUGCAGCUCUGCCUGGAGCACUCGCUGGCAGAUUGCAAUGACAUCCACCUGCUGGAGUCGGAGGCCAACAGUGCUGCCAUCGUCAGCCAGUGGCAGCAGGAGUCCAAAGAGAAGGUGGUGUCCCUCCUGCUGUCCCACCUGCCCCUGCUUCAGCCAGGCAACACGGAGGCCAAGUCGGAGUACAUGAGGCUGCUGCAGAAGGUGCUGGCCUACUCAAUCGAGAGCAAUGCCUUCAUCGAGGAGAGCCGCCAGCUGCUUUCCUACGCCCUCAUCCACCCGGCCACCACCCUGGAAGACCGCAACGCGCUGGCCCUCUGGCUGAGCCACCUGGAAGAGCGGUUGGCUAGCAGCUUCCGCAGCCGGCCCGAGCCCACCUACCACUCGCGCCAGGGCUCAGAUGAGUGGGGGGGGCCCGCAGAGCUGGGCCCCGGGGAGGCAGGGCCAGGCUGGCAGGACAAGCCACCCCGGGAAAAUGGACACGUGCCCUUCCACCCACCCAGCUCUGUGCCGCCGGCCAUCAACAGUAUUGGGAGCAACGCAAAUGCAGGUCUCCCCUGCCAAAUACACCCCAGCCCGCUGAAGCGUUCCAUGUCGCUCAUCCCCACGAGCCCCCAGGCCCCUGGUGAGUGGCCGAGUCCAGAGGAGCUAGGGGCCCGGGCUGCUUUCACCACGCCCGACCACGCACCCCUCUCACCCCAGAGCAGCGUGGCCUCCUCUGGCAGUGAGCAAACGGAGGAGCAGGGCUCCAGCCGGAACACUUUCCAGGAGGACGGCAGUGGCAUGAAAGAUGUGCCCUCGUGGCUCAAGAGCCUCCGCCUGCACAAGUACGCGGCCCUCUUCUCCCAGAUGAGCUACGAGGAGAUGAUGACGCUGACUGAGCAGCACCUGGAGUCUCAGAAUGUCACCAAAGGUGCCCGCCACAAGAUAGCCCUGAGCAUCCAGAAGCUGCGUGAGAGGCAGAGCGUCCUCAAGUCCCUGGAGAAGGAUGUGCUCGAAGGCGGGAAUCUGCGCAACGCCCUGCAGGAGCUGCAGCAGAUCAUCAUCACCCCUAUCAAGGCCUACAGUGUCCUCCAGGCCACGGUGGCCGCCGCCGCUGCCGCCACCCCUCCUGCCAAGGAUGGGGGCCGGGGGGAGCUGCCGCCGCCAGGUGCUGAGCCUCCCCUGGCUCACCCCGGCACGGACAAGGGCACUGAGGCCAAGGACCCUCCAGCUGCAGAGAGCUACCCUCCUCCACCAGCUCCAGCUCCCACUGAUGGCAGCGAGCCAGCCCCGGCUCCCGUUGCUGACGGAGACAUCCCCAGCCAGUUUACACGGGUGAUGGGCAAAGUGUGCACCCAACUGCUGGUGUCCCGACCAGAUGAGGAGAAUAUCACCAGUUACCUCCAGCUCAUCGAAAAGUGCCUGACUCAUGAGGCUUUCACGGAGACGCAGAAGAAACGGCUGCUGUCCUGGAAACAGCAAGUGCUGAAGCUGCUCCGGACCUUCCCUCGCAAAGCCGCGCUGGAGAUGCAGAGCUACCGGCAGCAGAAAGGCUGGGCGUUUGGCUCCAACUCACUCCCCAUAGCUGGUUCUGUGGGGAUGGGGGUGGCCCGGCGGACCCAGCGGCAGUUCCCAAUGCCUCCCCGGGCCCUCCCGCCUGGAAGGAUGGGCCUUCUGAGCCCCUCGGGCAUUGGGGGCAUCUCCCCCCGCCAUGCCCUCACCAGCCCCAGCCUUGGGGGCCAGGGCCGACAGAACCUGUGGUUUGCCAACCCCGGAGGCAGCAACAGCAUGCCCAGCCAGAGCCGCAGCUCUGUGCAGCGCACCCACUCGCUCCCAGUCCACUCGUCGCCCCAGGCCAUUCUCAUGUUCCCUCCAGACUGCCCGGUCCCUGGGCCUGACCUGGAGAUCAAUCCCACUCUGGAGUCUCUGUGUCUGAGCAUGACAGAACACGCCUUGGGUGAUGGGACAGACAAAACCUCCACCAUCUGACAGGACCCACAGCCCAGCGCACCUAUAGGCUCCCUGGGCGGCGGGCGGGGACCAACCCCCAACGGGCUUCUCGGCAACAGCGAGCGGGUGGGCUGGCUCAGCUAUACAUUCUAAUAUUUUUCUACUCUCUCACCCUUUUAACUUUUGUUUAACAUUGGCACACGCCUUGCUCACUCCCAGGCCCGUCGAGGGAUCUCUGCUGAGGCCCAGGGAGGUAGGGGGCAGCCAGGAUGAAGGGGGCAGGGACUGGCCAGCCUGCCUGGCCCCUCCUUCCCUCAUCCUCUACCUGGCCCUGUCCCACCCUGCCUCCUCGAGACCGCCGGCCGCCUGCCCCUCCUGGGGGAGCAGCCUCCCCGUCUUCUGGGGCCUGCUCAGCACCAUCUGACAUCUGGGGAGGGACAGCGAGGUAGAUAACCUGCUCUCCUGAAUGUCAUUUGAGAGGAGGAGAGGAGCCUCUCCUCCGACCUCCUCCUUCCCAUUCCCGUCAUGCCCCGAGGACAGGAGCCACCCUCCUCUCACUCACCUCCUUUUGCCCUGUUUAUCAGAGGUUCUCUACAAUUAAUUUCUUAGGCCUAUUUAAGAUACAUAUUUAUAUAGUUCUUAACGGUUUUUCUCUCUGAUCAUUCCCUCUCAUUUUUAGAAUCCCCAGGCCUCUCUCUGAGCCAAGAAAGUGGCAGGGGGAGCCUGAAUUUUACGAGGAGAGAGGGCAGAGCCCCCUCCUCCAGACCCCCUAGCCCUUCCCCAUGCCCCCAGCCCUGGCUGCCCUGAUGCAGAGGUCGAAGGCGGGGAGCCGGGGCACCAGUGAGGUCAGGAAGUCUGUUGCCUUAACGUCCCCUUCCCCCACCAACACACACCCUUCUCCACUCCCAGGUCUGGGUGCUCAAAGACUUGGGGGUAAGGAAUAGGGAAAGGGGAUUGUUUGGUUUUUGGUUUCUUUCCCCAUCGCCCCUUUUCUUUUGACCUUCCCCCACCCCCCAUGCUGUCAUGACCUCACUUAAGUGGAACACUAUAUCAUAACCCAGAGUCGUCCCGGCCCCGCAGUCACACAGAUCCUCUGGUCCCUGUUCCUACUGAGGGGUUGUGCUGGGGCCCAGGUGGAGAGAGGGGAUUUGGGGGUUCAGCCUGUGGGGAAGCCAGGGUCCCCUAUUCCAACCCCCUCGUCCCCCUCAACCCACCCCCCUCACUGGGACAUUCUCAAGCUUUUCACACCGAAAAGGAAAAAAAAAAAAUGUUAUUUUUAGAUACAUUUUAUGAAUAACUUUUGUUAUGAAUAUGGCUGGUAACCAUUGUGUAUGUUAUUAAAGAUACAAAAUGUUGGGAAAAAA